AUGCGCCAUCCACCGCCAGUUCCACCACUUCGACCACCCCAGCGUCUCAUGCCGGCACCGAUUGAUGGCGGUGUUUUUUUCGGGGGUCGUGAUUACGUACGUCGACAACAGCAACAACAACCACCACCACCACCUCCACCUCAACAACAACAAAAUUAUCUACCACAGAAACCAUUAUUACCUCCAGGUACUUCACCAAAUCAAUGGCAAAAUAAUCCUAAUUAUCGUUCGGGUCCUGUACCAUUACUACGUCCAAAUGGUCCAUGGCAUCCACACGGUAAUACAUAUCAUUCGCCAUCACCGCCACCAUUACUUCCACCACAUCAUCAACAAUUUAAUCCCAAUUCACAAACUCCAAUAACCUACGUACCACCAAAUACGACAGCAUAUGAAUUAAUGCGUAUUGCAAAUGCUGAUCAAAUUCCAUUUCUUGAGCCUCUUGAAGAUGAAGAUAAACUUGUUCGACAACAUCUUUCAUCAAAUAGUAAUAAUGAUGAAUCUCUUUCAAUAAAUACAACAUCACCAUCAAAGGCAAAUAAACGUCGUCGACAACAUCAGCAACAGCAGCAACAACUUGAAAAUAAUCGAAAUAUGAUUUCUUAUCAAGAUCUGGAUCGUCCAGAUGAACAACGUGAUCCAUCAUUUGAUAAUCGUCUUGUACCGAAAUCGAAUAAAACCAAUCAUUUACCAUCUGAUAAAACAAAUAAUCAAAUACAAACAAAAUCUUCUAUCGAUAAAGAUCUUGCACUUAAAUUAGAGCUUGAUCGUAUAAAGAAAGCUGGAGCACAAGAAAGAGAAAAAUUAAGAGCACAAAGACAAGCAGCUGCUGAAAAAGAAAAAGAAUCACAAAUGAAACGAAACAGUGCAAAAACCGGUGACAACGAAAAACGUGAAGAUGGUGAACUCGGUGAUAGUUCCGAUGAUGAAAAUACUAAAUUAACGUCACCAAGUGAGCCAAGACGCUUGAAAAAAAUUGUCGAUAAUCUUGCUUUGAAUCCAUCGAAAUCAGCAUUAUCGUAUCGUUCAAAAACACCGCCAUCAGAAAGUAUUAUUGAUAUGAGUGUUAUGAAAUUAAUACGUCCAAUGAAAUUAUUUCGUCUUGAUGACGAUAAUAAUAAUAAUAAUAAUAAUGCGUAUCGUGAAUAUUUAACAACAAACUUCGGCCGUGUACGUGUUCAUUGUCAAAAACCACAGCCAAAUUUCUUCUCGAAUCUUAGUUGUAUUGAAGAAAUAAAACGUCGAUUUCGAUUAAAUAACAAUGCAUCAUCAUCAUUUCUAUUUCGUCAUUUGGUCAAUGAUAAUGAUAAUGAUAAUGAUUAUUUACUUUCAUUAUCAAUGCAAGUUGAACCGGAAGACGGUGAGAUCGAAAGUGAUGAAGAAAAUACAAUGGAUUUAAAUGGAAAAUUAUCGAAGCAUAAUUUAUCCGAUGAUGACAAUGAAAGGCAUAUUAGAAAGAAACUUAAAUUAAAUGAUGAUGGCCUAAGAGACAUAACAAAAUCAUCAUUGAAUGAAAAACCUUGGAUCACAAGUGAACUUCGACAAUUAAUAAAACAAAGAAAUAAAUUACAAGCACAAAUACUCAAUGGUGAUACAAAUGCUGAAAUUGAAAAGAAAUUUAAAAAAAUGAGAAAUAAAAUAAGUAAACAUGCUAAGACAUUGAAAGCUAAAUAUGAAAAUUUUUCAUCAAAUUCAUCAGAACCCUCUCUAGCACCAUCCACUACUUUGCAAACGCAAUCAUCAGCAACAUCAGGGUCAGCUGCGCCAACAGCAGUAGCAGCCAAUCAUCCAUUAUCAACCAUACUUGAUCCUACUCUUGUUAUGGCAAUGCUUGUUAAUCCGACUCUUUAUUCUCAUGUACAACAACAAGUACUUUCAAAUGCAAAUUUCAUGCAAGCUUAUCAGCAUAUGUUUGCUGAAGGAAAUCCAACAUUAUCAUCAAACUCAAAUUCGAUGCCUCCGAAAGUUGCAAGUGAAACACAAGUUGUUCCAUCAACAGGAACAACAUCAGCUGAUGGUUUACUUAAACAAGUAACAACGACACCAAAAGGAACAAAAGAACAACAACAACAACCAAAUCUUUCAACAACAAGACCUCGACCUGUAUUAACACAAGCAACAAAACCAAUACAAUUAAGUUCACACGAAUCUGAUUUCGAUAAUGAACAAAGAAAUAAACCACAAUCACGUUUCAAUUCAUCAGAUACACCAUUAACUGAAAGUCAACAACAAGCUAUUGCAUUAACACAAGAGUUGGCUCGUCGUCAACUAGCGUUAACACAACAAAAUCGUAAUCAACGCAAUCCUCAUUCAACUAGUCAAUUAUCAUUAUCGACACCAUUAAGCCGUCAUAUACCAUUAUCAACUGAACAAAUGCAAGAAAUUUUAACACGUGCAAAAAAUUAUGUAACACGCCAACAAAGUGAUGAAACAACCGAUUCAAUAAUUAAUCAACCACGUCUAUCUUAUAAUACUCGACGCUUACAAGCUGCACUCGCUGCAUCAGCUUCAUCAGCUACACCACAAACGGCUCAUACGAUUGGACAAGCUGCCGCUGCUGCAAUUGCUGCUGUAUCUGCUCGACCGUCAUCAUUAUCAUCAUCAUCAACGUCAUCGUCAACAACAGCAUCGCCUGGACCAAUGCCAAUGUCGAAAAUACCAUCAUUAGUACCAUCAAUACAUUCGCAUGUUCCACCGAUUCCACCGUCGUCUCAGCAGCCGCAACAUCCGAUUCGUAUACAACUCGAUCAAAAAUCGAAAACGCUUUCAUCGAUUAGUAAUAAUCAAUCAUUACCUAUACCAACAAUAAAUCAACAAAAAAUAAUGCCUUUAGUGGAUGUUAAUCCUUCAACUCCUCCACAUAUGUAUCCUAAUCCAUCGAAUUGGCAACGGUCUCCUCAUCUAUCUGUACCGCAUUAUCCUAUGCCACAGCAUCAACAUCAGCAGCAAUAUCCACAAUAUGAUAAUCCUCAUGCACCGCCUUAUUAUGGCCCACGAACAAAUUAUCCGCCUGAUAUGCGUCCACCGCCACCGCAAUCAUAUGGUCCACUUCCACCACGGCAUCUUUCACAACCACUGAGAUACAAUGGACCAAUGCCUCCACCUGGGCCAUAUGGUUAUGGUCAUCCGCCACAGAACUAUGGACCACCACCACCUCCUCAUCCUCGCUACGGUCAUCACUAUCCUCUACCUUGA